CGCGUCUCUUCAACUUGGCACAUACCCACAGCAGCAACCCUUGCGUCGUCAACUAACAUCACUGACUUGAAGUUCGUCUGAAACCAAUCCCAGAUGGCUGCAAUAUACGCUGUCUAUACCUCUCCUACACACCCGCCGGUGCCGAACCACCUUCCAACCCUCGUCGUCACCCCACACGGACAACCAUCUAACAUUUUGUACUCGUAUCUCCACACUAACUUCAAUGCCGAGAAUUAUCUCCUCACCCCCUCUCCCCAAGGCGAUCUCUGUGUUGCUAGACUGUUCCCUCCCCGUCAGCACCAAGGCAAAUCUACCGCUUCCGACCCAGGUCAUUCUGGUCACUCAUCCACUCGCGUCGUUCGCUGCGAGGCAUCCAGAAACCUCAAAUGGUCUAUUGCGAACACAGGUGUCAUUUCUCCCAUAUACAAACUCUCCCUCCCUUCCCCCGAUUCCCCGGAUCUCCCGCUCUUUCAGAUAUCCAAGCCGAACCCAAACGCGGCAUUCUGGAGCAUGUUCUACUUUGCUUAUGCAGGCCAUAAUAUCCCCCCCAGGCGUAUCGAGUUCGGAAAGAUACAAAAGAAUCCACCGGGUCCAAGCGGUGGGGGUACGCGGAUCAGCAUCACCGGAAAGACGCCCGAAGAGAAAGCUGUAUGGCAAACCCUCGGUGAGGGAAACGAGGACUGCGUCGAGUGGGUCGUCCUCUGUGCGGCGCUAAACCUACUCGACGACGAAAUCAUGAAAGCCGCCGAGAAGAAUCCACAGCCUCCUUCGAUUCCUGCGCAAAUGCCAGCGCAAGGCGGUCGCUCAGCGCCGGUCGCGCUCCACGACCCCGGGCCACAAUCCGCCCAGGGACAGCAGCGCCAGGGUCCUCAACAACAACAACCCCCAUCGCGUGGCCCAAUGCCAGGCGGCCGCCCCAUGCAAGGCCCACCUCCUCCACGUGGAUUUGCUCAAGGGCAAGGCCCUCCUCCGCCAAGUGGUCCUGGCGGUUACACUGUCCCUCCACAGGGCUAUGCGCCCGGCCCCGGGCGGCAACCUCCGCCUGGUCAGCGUCCUGGCAUGUCAGGGGCUCCUGGUGCCAUGCCACCACUCGGGAUGGUCGCUGGACGCCAUCCCCCUCCACAAGGGCAUCCUCAGCAAAUGCCUAUACUCCAGCCUGGCCAGCCGCAGGGCGGGCAGCGAAAGAUCUAGCGUUUUGAAGUCAACGCUCGCUUGACUUGGGCACAUGUUCCGUAGAUUUCUAGUCUGAACCCUUAGUCUGAUCGUUACCAUUCUGCCAGUGGUUGCCUCAU